AUUUAAAAAAAAAAGAAAAAGAAGUAAACUAUAUUUGCGAUAUUGUACAAGUUUUAAUAGAUGUUAACGUAAUUGAUUAAAUUUUGAAAUAAGUAGAUGAUAACAAAAGAGGGCGCUGGAUGGCGCGUUAAAUCGAACAUGGUUUUUACGCAUCAUGUCACGUUACAUUUUCACACACUUUCUAUUUCGUAUUAAUGACAAAAAAAUAUAACUGUUUUUUCUUUUCUUAAAAUUACAUUUCGAUAUAAAAUCAUUUUGAAUUAUCUCUUUUUAUAUCGUGGUGUAAAUACAAAAGUAUAUGGUGUGUGAAGGUGAAUGAUAUAUUUUUAACAUGGACCUACUAAAUAGGCUAUGUCUCAAGUCUUAAGUGUUAAUCUGAAGAUAAUUUGUAUUUUUUACGAAAUUAAUAUCAAACGUCAAAGAAGAGAAAGAUAAUUAAAUAUUAGCUAAAUAUAUCUACAAAAACAAAAUGGAUGAGUUACCACUUACCGAAGAUCAGUUGUUACAGAAACAUAAACGAGAACGAAAAGAAUUACAAGCUCAGAUACAGAUACUGAAGAAAUCAAUCUGUAAAGGUGAUAAAAAGAAGAAAAAAGAAGUUGCAGAUGAAAUUGCACGUAAAGAAGAGAAUUUAGAAAAAAGGCAAGAUGAAGAAUUAGCCAGAUGGAAAAUAUCUCAAGUUACAUUGAAUGAUAAGGAUACAGAGAAUUUAGAAGAAACAUAUAAUAUAAAUGAUAUAGAGUCUAAAGAAUCUGAGAAAGUACAACAGAGAAUUUCUAAAGCUCAACGAAGAAGAUAUAAAAAAGAAAAUGCAGAGAGAGAACGUAAUCAAAGAAUUAUAGAACAGGAAGCAUUUGAUGUGUAUGGUAAGAGAAAUGUUGAGAUGCAAUCUAUACAAAAAAUUCUUUAUGAACGUGAUUUAAUGUUAUAUGAAAUUCCAAGCGAUGGUCAUUGUUUAUACAAUGCAAUUGCGCAUCAACUUAAAAUGCUUGGAGAAAUCCCAUUUAGCCUACAUGAUCUAAGAAUGAAAACUGCCAUAUAUUUAAGACAAAAUAGAAAUGAUUUCUUACCAUUUAUCUCAAAUCCAGAUUCUGACCAGUUAUUAUCACCUGAGCAAUAUGAAAAAUAUUGUAAUGAUAUAGUUGAAACUUGUACUUGGGGUGGUGCAAUCGAGUUGCAAGUAUUGUCGCGCAUUUUGGAACGCCAAAUUGAAGUCAUCCAAGCAACAGGUACUCCCUACAUUGUUGGAGAUGAAUUCAGUAAGAAAAAAAGAAUAAUAUUAACUUACCAUCGUUAUAUGUAUGAAUUAGGUGCUCAUUAUAAUUCUGUUACAAAAUUUGUCAAAGAAGAUGAGAGCUGAUCAUACAUUCUAUCAUACUUAAAUAACAUUUAUCUUAAUACAAACAUUCACUUAUUAUAUAACGUGAAAAAUAAUUCUGAUUUAAUUUUACAUAUAUCAGAUUUAUUAAACAUGUCAAGGUUGAUAAAUACAUUGAAAUAACUAAUAGUAUCCAAUAUCUAAUUUUCUCAAAUCAUGCAAAUAUUAUCAUUAUACUAAUGUUUUAUAGAUUUAAUAUGGUAAUAAAAAUAAUUCAGUAGUCAUAUUUAUUAUUUUAUUAUUAUUAGUUAUCAAUGCUCAUAAUA